AAGCGCGAACAGUUCGGACACAUCGCUCCGAAUAUAAAUAAUAAAAUAAUAGAUUUUUCCACGGAAAUGCUGUUGAUAAGGGCGAGUCGAGGGCAUGCUAAGCACUAAAUACCAGCUAAUUCCGACUGACGAGCAUUCGCCCAAGGAGACAAGCUCUUCACCAUGGAUAGUGAAGUUCUUAGUUAUUUUUGUGGGACUCUCUACUCUUGCUUUUUACACUUGGAGUCCCGUGGUAGACUUACCAGAGACCAGCACCCUGGCUACUCCGAGUGCGAAUGAGGCGUUGACAAAGUGGGAAGCGAUUCAAGUAACCUCUAACUUUAAAGAGGAUAUCACGGACAAUGAACAUUCAUCAACGAAAAAUGAACAUCCAACAACCGACAACGAUCAGUCAACUACAGACAAUGAGCAUCCAACAACGGACAAAGAACCACCAACUACGCAUACUGAACAUCCUUCAACGGGCAAUGAACACUCAACAACGGACAAAAAACCUUCAACUACUCACAAUCCAAACCCACCCACGGACAAUGAACACUCAUCCGCGGAAAACGAGAAGUCGACCACAAACUUAGUCUAUCAGCAAUCGACAGCCAGGACCACCAAAGCAUCAGAGUCCGCUGGGAAGGAAAAGUUCUUUGUGAAUACGCCUCAGUGUCAAAUGCCCUAUCUUAACCCCUUCUCCAAAAAUAUCUUGAAAAUAUACCACAGGAAACACUAUGUAGUGUGUGAUAAGAGACCGGACAUGCUGAAAGUCAGCUACAAUGAACAAGAUCAGACCUACAAACUGCACAUGAACUCUGCCAAUUCGACAUGUUGCUACAAGCAGAUCUUGAGAGCAGGAGUUCGGACAAAAGCUGACUAUCAGUACAAGUUGCUUCCAUGCGUUACGUUCUCCCAGGAUUAUGUGGUACCCAACCACGUGGAGGCUGUGAUCACUCAAUGCCGUCUGUCUAACAGAUCGAAAGUUUUGCAAGAGGAUGGCUUUAGCUUUGUGCAUCCACGAAAGUCAGACCCCACGCCUCCAUCCUCUGCUGCUGUGGGUACGAAGAGAAGACCAAGUGUUCUGCUCUGGGGCAUCGAUUCGCUUUCACGCAUGAACUUUGAGCUAACCAUGCCACAGACGUACAAGUAUUUCCGGGAACAGCCCUGGUACGAGCUGCAGGGAUAUAAUAAGAUGGGCGACAAUACGUUUCCCAAUCUGAUGGCCAUACUCACGGGCUUCAACCAAACCCGAUCAUACUCGAAGUGCCGACCAACUGCUGUGGGUGGCCUGGAUGCCUGCCCCAUGAUCUGGAAGAACUUCAAGGCGAAAGGCUACGCAACCGCCUAUGCAGAGGACUGGAGCAGUACAUCGACAUUCGAUUAUCUGAAGAUGGGCUUUCGCACGCCUCCCACGGAUGUAUAUGGACGUCCGCUGAUCCUGGGCCUCGAGAAGGAACUGAAGAAAACGUACAUAAAGGGCAUACCAUAUUGCUUGGGACGAAAGUCUGCCGCUGAGUACAUCUACGACAUGGCCGAGCAGUUUACAGAGGUUCACAAGGAUCGUAACUUCUUUGGCAUGUUCUGGACGAACUCCUUCAGCCACAACGACUUUUCCAUGCCCUCGGCCAUGGAUACCAGAAUGGUCAAGUACAUGCGAUCCCUCGAUCACAAUGGGAUCAUGAACAACACCAUUGUGAUCUUUUUCAGCGAUCAUGGAAGUCGAUUUGGGGUGCUGCGCAGCUUAGACAGUGGUUUCCUAGAGGAGCGGCUGCCGGUUAUUUACAUGCGUAUCCCCAAAUGGAUGCGAGACAAGUACCCAGAGUUCGUGCACAGCUUGAAGGCAAACAAGAACCGGCUGACUUCGCCCUACGACAUCCAUGCCACACUCAAACACAUCUUGGAGCUGGACACACCCGCCGAUCAGUUGCCACGACCCGAGGGCUGUCCCACGUGUCACAGCGUCUUCCAGGCGGUGUCCCUGUCCAGGAACUGUUCCCUAGCCGGCAUCGAUCACCAUUGGUGCGGAUGUGUUGGCUUCACGGAGGUUUCCUCCACAGAUCCAAUGGCCAGGGCGAUGGCAGAGCAGCUCGUGGAGGCCAUUAACAAGUUCCUGACAGGCCUGAACCUCACGCAAAAGUGUCAAACUCUGAAGCUUGCCAAAAUAUUGUCCGUUCACAGGAAUGGUAAUGGUAAUUCCAAUGCCUAUCUGGUACGGCUAAACAUUUCCCCCGGUGGAGGUUCCCUCGAGGCCUCCGCCGAGUGGAACCCCAAGACCCAAAGAAUCUCCACUACGGUGACCAGCAUCAGUCGACUGGACUCGUAUGCGACACAGUCGAAGUGCGUUCUGGUGAAGGCAGCAAAGAAGUUUUGUGUGUGCAAAAAAUAAUCGGGUUCGAUCAGCACCGGGCAACCGCAGGACCACAGCACAAAAGGAACCACAGCUCUGUAUCUGUUCGGCAUCUCGUGACCAUUGUUCCGGACUCGUUGGACUCUAUCUCUAGGGACGAUCUCGUGGUGAAUGGUUUUGGUAUCUGCCAACUGUUUCCGCAACUAAUUUCGGUAUCGUGAUUGUGCAAAGAGCAAAUUAGUUGACAAUUACAUGACAAUUGGCUUGGGAUACUCUCGCAUAAUUGCCAUGAUCAGAUUGUUCAAAGAAAGCGCAAAGUAAUUAAUUUUAAUUGUAUAUCUAUGUACAUAUAUGUAUAUUUAAAUUGUUUUACCCAUGUUAACUAGUGUUAACUAGCCACAGAAGCCACAAAAUCCAUUUUUUUUACUUCACUAUCAGUACAAUGUUUCACUUUCUACUAUCUCGAUGGCACUUGAAUCGUGAGCACUUGGGUGGUAAAACUCAAACUUAUAUUGAUGAAAGUACUCAUUAUUUUGGACAUAUCAAUUCGCAUUAUAAAUCUAUUCGAUCUUUACUAUUGCCAAAAAUACAACUCAAAAUACAUGUUUUAGAUCUUAUCAUUCCUAGGCAAAAGCACAACAAUUCAGAUGUUCUGAUAAAAGUUAAAUAAGUAUUUGUUAUCUAGGAUAAAGAAAUGACAAUGUUAUAAACGAAAUCAUAACUUUUCACGGGCGUGUGGAUGCUAUAAAGCUUAUCUGAAAAGUGAAUUCAUAGUAGCUUGAGUUUAAGCAUGCAAUAAAAAAAGUAAAGAGCAAACCCAUCCAGUGUUUAUUAGGCACAUUUGAGCAUUAAGGCAAACAGAUAUAGAUAGAAGUGCACAUCUUCCUCGCUUAGCUAACCAUAUGCUAACUAUCCAAUGGUAAUAUGAAAUUAAUAUUGUAAUUGAUACUUUCGGAACCCUCUCGGAGCCGCAAAAACUCGUUUCGCGAUUGCAACUGUUGUGAAAACAAAUUUACGAGUCAAUCAAAACAUACACACAUCAAAAUAUAUCAGGCUCAACUUGUUUUCCCAUUGACAUGGGCUGGAUUGGAGUGGUUGGGAUUGGAUGGGAUGGAAUGGAAGGACACGAAAACAUGGCAGCCGGAUGAGUUCAUUAGAGGCGCAGGGUGAAUUUUCUUCACCACAACAAGCACCACCCCAAGCAAACCUCAAAUGAUAACCACAA